UGACAGUAAACAGUUCUUCACAGUAAACGACAAUGCAGAUGUUCACUGUAUGUUAGAAUACUCUGGUUGUAUAAUAUUCUCGUCUUAGUUGUACUCGUUGCAUCACUGGGAUUCGAAAUGGGAGUUAUUGCAGGUCCAGUUCCAGAACCAGCAGCAGCAGCAAACAGUGGUUGUCCUGGCUGUCCUGGUGGAUGCCCUAAAUGCCGUGGAGGGUGUUGUGGAUGCCGUGGAUGCCGAGGUGGAAAUUGUCCAGGUGGCUGCUGUAAAGGCUGCCGAAGACAUUAAACAUUAACGCAGCAGACAUCAAUUGACUAAUUAAACAGAACAC